AUGUUAAUGAUGAUGAUCAAGGGAAAGGUGAUGGUGCUGAAGAGGAUGUCAUUUGAGGACCAAAAUGAUAAAAAUGAUGUUCAAGGUAAAGUUCAUGGUCUUGAAGGUGAUGUUAAUGAUCAUGCACAUGAGGAACACUUUAGUAAAAUUAAUGAUUUGUUGAAUGAGAAGGAUGAUGAUAAAAGUGAUGCUAUUGUUGGUAAAGGAAAUUUUGGUAAUGAAGAUGUUGAACAAGGAAAUACAAGUGGAUUAAGUGAAGAUGAGGUUAGGAAUUUGAAUUUGAUUGUUGAAAAUGUUGUUAAGAAUGUUGGUCUAGUUGAUGGUUUUGAAGGUGAUGUUAAUGAUAUCCUGAAAGGUAAUGAGAAUUUGGUUGGGUGUGGUAUAAGUCAGAAAGCAGCUGAAGAUGAUAUGAAUGACAUUUUGACUGGUUGUGCUGAAGAUAAAGUUCAAAAUGAUAAAGCAAAGAAUGAUGGACAAGGUGUGGUAGAAGGUGAAGGUGGUACUGAUUUGGAAAAAGGGGUAGAAGAUGAUUCAAAUAAAAAUAAAGGUGGAGGUGUAGAAACUAUUUAUGGUAUUCUAUUUGUUAGUCCUAAUUCUUUAGAUUGUUGGUAUGAUCCAGAUGUUCACCAAUGA